UAUUUGCUCCUCGAUAUGUACACGGGGUUAAAAUAAGGCGACGUGGCAACAUAUAGAGUUCGCUACCCCAACGAAGUUCCUAUUGAGUAGGUCACGAGUUCGCGCAGCUGCAAGCUCAGAAAACAGAGCCGUGAGGUAAAUCAUUGUCUCCGAUAGUGAAUUCGUCUCUUAAGCUUGAGCAGAAAACAGACAGAUUAACAUGGCCGAGAACAGUCCUCCUGUUAUUCGAUCUCGACCGGCGGUGCGCAAGAACGAAAACGAUAAGACACUCUCAUCGCAAGAAAAAAUCAGAAAAGCACAGCAAAUAACAUCCCUACAAAUUAUAACAUCCCCCUCCUCUAUUGGGCUGGUUGUGACACUUGCGCUCGUUACAAUUAUCAUGUACUUCGGCAACAGUCCCCCAAUGCCGCCUAGGUUAUGGACUAAAGAAGAGCUGGCCAAAUAUAAUGGCACGGAAGAAGAUUUACCAAUUCUGUUGGGCAUUUUAGGGAGUGUCUUUGAUGUAACUAAAGGAAGAAGUCAUUAUGGAGUAGGGGGCAGUUACAAUCACUUUGCUGGGAGAGAUGCAUCCCGUGCUUUUGUUUCAGGAAACUUUACAGGGGAUGGAUUAACAGAUCAGGUGAAAGAUUUAGCCAACACAGAGAUAAAAAGCAUUGUUGAUUGGCGUAAUUUCUACCAUAGAAGCUACAUAUAUGUUGGUAAUCUGGUUGGUCGUUACUAUAACCGUGAGGGUAAACCUACAAAAGAGCUUAAGGGAGUGGAAGCAAAGGCUGCUCGCGGCAGCCAACUCUUGGAAAAACAAAAGGAAUAUGAAGAUAAGUUGGCAAGCUGCAAUUCUAGAUGGAGUGACCAAAGUGGAGGCGAGGUGUGGUGUGAUUCAGGAUAUCCUCGGUUGGUCCAAAUGCCAGCAGAAAUAGCUUUAACAGGGAAAAUAAGCAAGCACUGUGCAUGCCUCAAAGAGGAUGAACUCAAUAGACCAGGGGUGGAGUUGUAUGUAGGUUGUGAUCCUUUGGCAUCUCUUUGCAAACUUUAAAGGAUUUAUUGCAUUUCUCAACUGAUCUUGUGGGACCAAAAGAAUAUUUGGAAUUUGAUAUUUCUCUCCAUACUCGAGACCUAAAUUGGUCUUGCUUACAUUCUGUUGGUGUCACUUUUGAAUGUAGUCUCAUUACAUGGGCAAGACCAUAGGAGCAAUGUUCAUAAAAUGUGCCUACUACAUUGGGCCUGAGUUAUAUAUGACACAAAUAAGUGAAUUGAGUGGUAUGUCAUCUUUCACUGAGGGUUACAGAAAGUGUGUCAUCUUUCACUGAAUUGAGUGCCUACUACAUUGGGCCUGAGGGUACAAACUAGAAAGUCACUUUCUUUAGCGCUUUUCAAUUACAUAGUUUUAAAUGAGAAUGAGAAAGUCGCUGUUGUGGCUUCACAUAAAUAUUAAAAAUGAAUUCAAUUACACAAUUCUUUUGUAAAGCGGAUGUGUUUAACCAACACUGCCAGAUUUGACU